AUGACAAAAGACGACGGUUCUGUUCAUACACCGAAGACGAAGGACGCUGAGGCAUCUAAUACCGUUGAUGAGCGCACAAUGGACGUCAAGGUUGGGGUUCACGAAGAUGUGUCGCGUUACACGCCGAAGACCUUCUACCGAAGCGUCUUGUUCCAGAUGAUAUUGUUUGGAAUGCUUUCACUGGUCGGACCUGCCAUGUCGGAUGCUAUUAGCAAUUUGGGGGGUGGUGGUCUGUCAUCACCUUGGCUUGCCAACCUGGCGAAUUCUCUGAAUUACGCAUGCGGCUUCUUCAGUACGAUUCUCGGUGGACCCAUCCUGAACAAAAUCGGUAUCAAGUGGGCUUGCUUCAUUGCCGCUCUGGCUAUGCCCCUGUAUGGGUCAGCGUACUAUGUGAAUGCGAGGUUUCACGUUGACUGGUAUCUUCUGAUGGCAAAUGUCAUUGGAGGAGUAACAUCAGGCCUGCUAUAUGUAGCUGAAACCACUGCCAUGCUGUCAUACCCGAAGCCAGAAGACCGUGGAUACUACCUCGGAAUCUGGUCUGCUAUGCGAAACAGCGGUAGCGUCAUCGGUGGCGCGAUCAAUUUCUCCAAGAACCACACAGACACAAAGAGUGGUGGUGUCGUGUGGGCGACAUAUCUCAUCUUUCUUGGAUUCGAGUGUACUGGCGUUGUGUACGCGCUCUUACUGUCUCCAACACCUCGAGUUCGUCGUCGCGAUGGUAGCAAAGUACCCAUGUCUCCACUGCUUUCUUGGAAGCAAGAACUUGUGACUCUGUGGACGUAUCUGAGCACUCCUAAAACCUGGCUUGUCUUUAUCCCCGCCUUUUACUCCUUCUUCUACGGUGGCACAAUGGGAACGUACCUCUCGCUGCACUUCUCAGUACGCGCUCGCGCACUCUCAUCUCUCCUCGUCCCGUGUAUCGUCAUCCCUUGUGUCCUCGGCUUCGGUAAACUACUUGAUACCAAGCGCAUCUCGCAAAAGCGCAAGGCAUGGGUUGCUUUCCUGAUCUGGCUCAUCCCUCAGAGUGCGUGUUUCAUCUGGAUCGCGCUUGAAUACCACUACCGUGGCAAGAAGACAGCUCUGGACUACACCUUGAAUACGCGCUUGUGGGCCCAGGCAUACUUUCCCUACCUUAUCAUCUUUGUCGCAGGAUAUCUCACUCAACUGUCGCUUUACUGGAUUCUCGGAAACUAUUCGAACGUUAUGGGCGAUGCGUCGCGUGCUGGUGGCACAUUCCGCGCUUUCGAAGUCGCCGGUCAGGCUGUGUCGUACGGUUUGAGUUCUGCGAGCGGCAUCAACCACACCAUCCCUCUCUACGUGAACAUUGGAUUGUUGGUUAUAGUGGUUCCCAGCAUGGUGAUGCUUAUCAGCAAGAUGCCCAAGACACCCAUUAGCAGUUUCGUCGAGGAGGAGUCGAUAGACAAUACGGAUACAGGCAAGAGGGCUUGA